CAAGCGGCUAGAGCGCGAGCGCUAUUACAAGACAACAGUCACACAGACAAACAGAGACACAAAUGGCAAGGAGCUGUUGUAUUAUUAACUGCCAUAGCCGGUCGCAUAACAGCCACGGGAAGCCGAAGGCUAAAGGAAUCGGUUUUUAUCGGAUUCCUGCGUGGAAUAAAAAUUAUGCAAGUGAUGUUUCCGAAGUCACGAAGAGGCAACGGAUGGCCUGGAUUGCAGCUAUUGGAAGACCAAAUAUAACGUUCCAGAACACUCCACCUCACAUGUUAGUCUGCUCCAAGCAUUUCCACAAAGGCAAACCAGCCUACAAAAUGAUGGAAAGCGAUCCAGACUGGGCACCCUCUAUCCAUCUUGGUCAUACUGAGUUGAAAGCUGAUAAGACAGUGAAAUUUGAUGGGAGAGCGAGAUCAAAACAGCCACCACAAGUCUCGCAUUCCUCUGGGCCAGAGACGGAUAAUCCAGGCGAAAUCCACGCAGGUAACCCAGCAUCAGGUGAGCAGCCUAUGGAGUAUAAUUCUGCCUUGGAUCAUGACUAUUUCUGUGACCCACAACCUGCUUGCCUUGAUGUGACAGUAGAGCAAAACAUGAAGUUAAAAGAAGAAAUGGGAACGUUAAGGAAAGAGAUCCAGGAGCUCAAAAUGCAGUCUGCUUUUGGAUUACAAAGAUUUGCCGGAUCCGAUGAUGACAUUCAGUUCUACACAGGGUUUGCAAGUUACCGUCACUUCAUGAUGUUUUGGGGGCUGAUUGAGCCCUCUGUCCACAAAGUGAUUUACAGGUCAAGGUCCGAAGCUACUGAAAGAAGGAGUGAAGCCGUAAAUGCAUCACAUAUGAGGCAGUCAUUGCAACCCAUUGAUGAGCUGUUCCUAUUCCAAAUGUGCCUGGCUGCUGGUCUUGAGGAGAGAGACUUGGCAGACCGGUUUGGCAUUCACCCCUUGACUGUAAGCUGCAUUAUCUCUUCAUGGACCAACUACUUGUACACUCUCUUGGGUUCUGUGUGUAUCUGGAUUGAUGCUGAGGACAUUAAAGCUCACCUCCCUGAUGCCUUCAAAGACUUUCCCAAUACUCAGGUGAUAGUUACUUGCACUGAGCUAAAAUGCCAAACUGCAUCCUCCACUCUCCCCCAACGUGAAAUGUUCUCCACGUCUCACUGCACAAUGAAAGGUCUGAUUGGGAUGGCCCCCCAUGGCGCAGUGACCUUUGUUUCUUCACUCUAUCAGGGGUCAAUAAGUGACGAAGACCUCUUUAGGAGAUCAGGUUUGGCUGACCUUCUUACAGAAGAUAUGGCCAUAGUGGUUGACGAAGGAUUCCUCAUGUCUGACUGUGUGGAUUGGAAGGUGUACUGUCCAGCUUUUCUUAGCCAAAAUAACCAGAUGCUAGCACACAGUGGCUUCCAGAGACAGGAAAUUGAACGACUCAGCGCACAUGUGGAGAGUGUAAUCCGAAGGGUUAAGGAAAACAAACUGCUUGACUCGGUUAUACCGCUAUCGAUUGCUGGAAGCAUUAAGGAAAUUUUUACUGUGGCUUGCUUGCUAAUUAAUUACCAAAAUAAACCUCUCGUCAAGGCACGGGCUAAGUAACGCACAUGAAUAUAGACUUCACAUGACCGCGCAGACAGAAAGUAACUGGGUAGGUAAAUUGUGAACAUAAGCAAGUUGUAUAUUUCUAUAAAUAAGGAAUUUUCAUUUCCUUGUUCUGAAUGUUUUCUGAAAUGUAGACUAUGUCAACAGAUGUAGAGUCACAGCAGCAUGUUAUGAACUGAUGCCACGAUGUAUAAAUUUCAUGAAUAAAUCUGAGUUGUUCCCAAAA